AUGGCAUCUGCUUCAAAAUCCCAAUAUUUCCACUUCUCCAAUCUCGUUCUCUUCAUCAUCCUUUUAAGCUCAAAAAAUAUUAUAGCGGCACAAGAUCAAAAACCACCUCAAGCCUUCUAUAUUCCCAUCACAAAAGACUCAAAAACCCUCCAAUACUUGGCUUCAAUCCAAAUCGGAACUCCUCCGGCCACCGUCGACGCCGUGAUCGAUCUCGGAGGACAGUUUCUGUCGUUAGCCUGCGACAAAUACAACUCCUCAACGACACGCCGUUCUGUCCCAUGUGACUCCAGCGAGUGCAAGACAGUACUAGGGCAUGCACAGAGCAAAAAGCGUUGUGGCUCAAACGACACAUGUUCUCUGUCGUCGUUUAACCCCUUCAACAAGAACGCCGUGGCAGCGGGCGAGCUAAGCGACGAGAUCGUCGCCGUGCAUUCGACGGACGGGACGGCGUCGCUUCCAGCUACUUACUCCACUCACUUGGUUUUCUCUUGCGCAGAUUCUAACAGCUUAUUGAAAGGCCUGGCCAAGGGAGGUAAUGGAAUUCUUGGCCUCGGAAGAAAAACACCGCAAAUGUCGCUACCGACGAAGCUCUCCUCAGCGUAUAAUCUUCCUCCGAAGUUCGCACUCUGCGUGCCUUCGUCGAACGAGUACGGUUUCGGAGACCUUUUCGUCGGCGGCGGGCCUUAUUUGUUUCCCGGCGGUAAUGACGCGUCCAAAGGGCUUGUCUACACCCCACUCGCUGAAUCAUCUGAAGGCGAGUAUUUUGUUUACGUUAAAGCAAUCAAAAUAGACAAAAGGGUUGUCCAUAAUUUCGACACUUCUUUGCUUGCCAUCAACCAAAAAGGAAUUGGCGGGACAAAGAUUAGUACGGCAACUCCGUUUGGCGUUUUGCAUAGCUCAAUCUACAAGGCUGUUGUUGGUGAUUUUGUGAAGAGAGCCGCGGCGAGGAAUAUCACUAGGGUUACGCCGGUGGCCCCGUUCGGCGCUUGUUUUAGUACUAAGAAUUUGCAUUGGACAAAGGCGGGACCGAGGGUGCCGGUGAUCGAUCUCGAGCUACCAGGAAACAUGGUAAGUUUGAAUUGGAGGAUCGAAGGUGCUAAUUCAAUGGUGAGAGUCAACAAAUACGUUUUGUGCUUGGGAUUUGUUGAUGGUGGAUCAAAGGCAAAGGCUUCAAUCGUCUUGGGCGGGCAUCAAUUGGAGGACAACUUUUUGGAGUUUGAUCUGUCGAGAACAAUGCUUGGUUUUACUUCUUCACUUCUGCCUCGAGAUGAAACCUGCUCACACGUCAGGAAUCUCUAA